AUGGUGGAGAAUAACACUCUAAUCGUCACGGGGGGUGUCGUCGUCGUUUCUAGUAUCGCGAUUUACUUAUAUCUGAAAGCCACGAAAACGUGUCCAUUCUCUUCGUGCAAAAAGACAUCAAAAGUAACUCUUGUCGACGAUUCAGUCAAAUAUGCUUUGCCACUAAUUGAAAAGUUUGAAGUCAGCCACGAUACCAGAAAGUUCAGAUUCGGAUUGCCAUCGAAAGAUCAUAUUCUUGGACUUCCAAUUGGACAACACGUUUAUCUUAGUGCCACUAUUGACGGAAAACUCAUCGUUCGCCCCUACACGCCCGUUUCAAGUGAUGAAGACAAGGGAUUCGUUGAUUUGAUGAUCAAAGUCUACUUCAAGAAUACCAAUGAAAAGUUCCCAGACGGGGGUAAAAUGAGUCAGUAUUUGGAGAGUCUAAAAAUCGGAGACACCAUCAACUUCCGUGGACCACAAGGAAACAUUGUCUACAAGGGACACGGAGUGUUCAGUUUGCGUGCCGAUAAGAAGUCCGAGCCAAAGACUCGAACCUUCACGAAACUUUCCAUGAUUGCCGGAGGAACUGGAAUCACACCAAUGCUUCAAGUCAUUGCCGCUAUCCUUCGUGACCCAACUGACUCCACACAAAUCAGACUUCUGUUCGCUAAUCAAACAGAAGAUGAUAUUUUGUGCAGAAAGGAGUUGGAUGAUCUUGAGGAGAAGCAUCCAGCACGUUUCCGUGUUUGGUAUACUGUUGACAGACCACCAGCAGUUUGGAAGUACUCAUCUGGCUUCAUUAACGAUAAUUUGAUCAAAGAGAACCUCUUCGGACCGGGAAGCAACUCUGCUGUUCUCAUGUGUGGACCACCACCAAUGAUCAACUUCGCCUGCACUCCAAACCUUGAUAAACUCGAAUACGACCCAUCCAACCGUCUUCUUUUCUAA